AUGGCUCAUCAAAAGGAAGCCACCAACAGGGUAGAGUGGAAGAUACGGGUGGCUGAUGGUUCAUCAAAAGAUUUGGUACCUGAGUCAGGGCCUGCAGGCAGAGCCUGGCUUGGCAUACAAGGACUGAUUGCAGGGUUGGUUUUGAAAGUGGGGAGAUGCUUCAAGAAAGCUUGGGAUUUAGCUGUAGAUGACCCCAGGAAAGUGAUCCAUUGUCUGAAGGUAGGGACAGCUCUCACAGUUGUAUCACUCUUUUACUAUACGAGGCCUUUGUAUGAAGGACUUGGAAGAAAUGCUAUGUGGGGAGUCAUGACUGCGGUGGUCGUCUUUGAAAAUACUGUUGGUGCAACACUAUCUAAAAGCCUCAACAGAGCAUGUGGGACUCUUCUUGCUGGAUCUCUUGCUGUUGGUGUUCACUGGAUUGCUAGUCAAUCAGGAGAAAAACUUGAGCCCUUCGUGAAUGGAGCCUCAGUUUUCCUACUAGCUUCUGCAGCAACCUUCUCCAGGUUCAUUCCAACAGUGAGAACCCGGUUUGAUUAUGGUGCUCUGGUCUUCAUUCUCACCUUCAGCUUGAUCUCCAUUUCCGGGUAUCGUGUCGAGAAACUGUUGAAGAUGGCCCAUCAAAGAUUGUCCACCAUCGCCAUUGGGGGUUUCAUGUGCAUUCUCAUAAGCAUACUGGUUUGCCCUAUUUGGGCAGGCAAGGAGCUCCAUCUUCUCAUCACUAGAAACAUGGACAAACUUGCCUACUCCUUGGAUGAGUACUUCAACAAUAGUGGGAUCCCUGUGGAGAAAUCACAAGGCUACAAGUGUGUGCUAAACUCAAAGGCAGCAGAGGAAACCAUGGCCAAUUUUGCUAGAUGGGAGCCUGCCCAUGGCCAUUUCAAGUUCAAGCAUCCAUGGAGACAGUAUCUCAAGGUUGGGGCAUCAAUGAGAAGAUGUGCAUACUGCAUAGAGGCUCUCAAUGGCUGCAUCAAUUCAGAAAAUCAGGUUCCCGAGUCCAUAAAGCAGCAUCUCAGUGGUAACUGCUUGAGAUUAGGCUCAGUCUCUUCAAGUGUAAUAAGAGAGCUGGCAAUCACCAUGAGAACAAUGAAGAAAUCACCAAGGACACAGAACUUAUUGAAAGAGAUGAAGAAUUCAGUCCAAGAGCUCCACAAUGAAUUGGGAUCUCUACCUAAUUUACUACUUCCACCACCUUCAAUAGAGGCAACACUUCCUCUAGAGGAGGUGAUUCCAAUUGCAACUGUAGCCUCUCUACUGAUUGAAGUUGCUGCAAGAAUUGAAGGCAUUGUAAGUGCCACUGAAGAACUAGCAAGUCUGGCAAAAUUCAAGCCUGCAGUUGAAAGGAUUGCACCCCAUUAA